CAACGGAGUGAUCGCUAUAUAGUAUGAACUCCAGCAAAGAGAAUGUUCAACCCAUCGACCGCGUUGCAUCGCUGUUGUAUUCCAGCGGUUGCGAUUCGAUACCGCAGCGCUUUCUGAUCGCCAUGGCUUCCUCCUCGCCGCUGCUCUUGCUCGCCCUCAUGCUGGCCUGGUCAGCACCAGCCUUCCUCGUGGCGGGCGCCGGCCCCGGCACCGGCGGCCAGGGGCUCAAGCACAUCCACCUUUACCUGCACGAGACCUUCGCCGGCGCCAACGCCACGGCGAUCGUGGUGGUGCCGUCACCGCUGGGGGCCAACGAGACGUUCGGGAGGGUCGGCGUGCUCGACGACGAGCUGCGCGACGGCCCGGACCCGAAGAGCUCGUCGCUCGUGGGCCGGUACCAGGGCUUUUUCGCCGGGGCCGGGCUCGUGAGCCCGCCGGGCAUGCAGUCGGCGAUCAACUUCGUGUUCACGGCCGGGGAGCACACCGGGAGCACGCUGGCCAUGAUGGGGCCUGUUCUGAGCUUCACGGGCCCCAUUGAGCGCUCCGUGGUGGGCGGCACCGGCGCGUUCAGGAUGGCGCGUGGGUACUGCGUCAUGGAAGCCGCGGGCAGCCCCACGCCAGACUCCAUCGUCUACGAGGUCGACCUAUACGUGAAGAUGGAUUAUGCCUGAUCAUUUCCCUCCUCUCGUACCCUGUAUCGAUCAUUAUCCUGUAUACCAUGCAUGAGUGUUGUUCAGGUGUUCGCUAUCCCUGCAGGAAAGCAAUAAGGCCUUGAUUGGAUUGUCGUGUUCCCUCUAAAUACACCCAUAAGAAAUACAGAUAUCAGCUCAUCGUUUUGUUUCCUUCCGAAA